CAACGUCCUUGGGACUGAGCUACGUCGUUCUCUUUUGUUCUCACAAUUUCGCCAGGGCAACAUUCUUUUGCUCCAACGUCUUCCACGCCUUCUCUUUCCACCCGUUUCAACUCCUUCUGAUUGUGCACCAUCCUCUCCUUACAUCGAAUCCCUGGACCUUCAAACCUGAGCACAUCUACUGUACCCGUCAUGGCUGCUGCCUCUUGGCUGCAACGCUUUCUUGUAUUACCUACGCUACUAUACUUCCCUUUCUGCACAUUUGCAGGCGAGCAGCCUUUCGACCAUCAACACGACAACGAUGAUUCGCUCUUCAAAUUCGUGACGCGACCCGAUUUCAAAGCCCCGAAAUGGAUCGUUAAUGUAACAGAUGAGAGCGCUGUCACUCCAGGCUACUGGUUCGUAGCACCUUUCGAAUAUAUCGAUCAGAAACAUCCCGCAAAUGGCUGGGUCGGACCACACAUUUACGACGGGAAAGGAGACUUGAUAUGGAGUGGAGUGAGCGUAGCCGAGGGCUGGGAUGCUCUCGACUUCAGGAUAAGCAACGUCCGGGGACAGGAUAUGUUGACGUGGCUGGUGCAAAGAACCGGGGAUGGCAUCAUUAUGGACAAUACCUUUACACUCCAGGAGACGGUCGAUGUCGGUACGCUGGGCGUAGACUUCAACUCGCACGAGUUUAAUUUCUUCGACGCUGGCUCCAAAGCUCUUGUGUUGGACGAAGGUCGAGGGCCAGCAACUGUAGAGCAACUCAAAGCCGUGGGUUACGAGAAGAACUGCACCAUCCUUUUCAACGGCUUUCGAGUCUUAGAUACCUCGACUUGGCAGCAAGUCU